AUGGCGUCCGGUCAGGAGAAGGGGAGGUCGGAGCUGGACAGCUUGUCCCGCGAGGGGCAGACCGUCGUCCCCGGCGGCACCGGCGGGAAGAGCUACGAGGCGCAGGAGAAACUCGCUGAAGGGCGCAGCCGUGGUGGGCAGACUCGGAAGGAGCAGAUGGGGGAGGAGGGGUACAGCGAGAUGGGGCGCAAGGGCGGGCUGAGCACCAACGACGAGUCCGGCGGCGAGCGCGCCGCCAGGGAGGGCAUCGACAUCGACGAGUCCAAGUUCAAGACCAAGUCCUAG